UCAGUCUGACUGUAGAGUAACAGAAGAGAGAUCAGGUGCAGAAGUGGACAGUGGAUACGGAUAGAUCAUGGUGAACCUGGGACUCACUAAAGUGGAUGAUAGGCUCGUGCAGAAACACCCGGGUUUGGAGCAGUACGCUGCCUGCCAGUCUCAAGCGUUUAUGAAAGGAACAGGAAGCUUCAUAAUCGGUACAGCUAGCCUUUUCUUUGCACAGCGAGCUCUUCAAAAAAGACUGCCAUAUCCCCUCCAGUGGAAUCUUCUAGUGUCUGUCGUGGCUUCCUCAGUGUUCAGCUAUUCAGUGACCCGCUGGGAGACUAUGAAGUGCACAGACUUGUGGUUAUUCCUCGAGACUGGAACCGUGCCUAGGUCCAGCUCACCAAAAGAUGAGCCUCCUAGUCUUCAAACAGCUACAGAACCCAAAGUCACAAAAUAUGGAGAUACGAUGGAGUGAGUGACAAUUAGCUGUAAGAUGAUCAUAAAUUUCUGUGUAUUUGUAUUAGGAACUUAAAUAUAAACUAAAUAGAUUUUUAUGAGUGGAUGUAUAAACUGCAGUAGGUUUUGUAAUGUAUGUAUUGUUUGGAUUUUGUUUAUAUGUUUGUGAAUAUAUCAAUAAAUCGGUAUAUAUUGUUA